AUGGGUUUAGCUGUCAUGCGAGCUAUUGAUGUUGUCUGGCAACGUCAUGGUGUUUCGCCACUCUUCUGCGUUAACGCUGCACUGUUUCUUCUGCCAUUUCUGUUCAGUGUCCUCUCGCUAGGAGGAAUGUUGUUUCUGUGGUCGGUGCGCAGCGGUAGAAUGCAAUUGUACGAACUUGAGCUUGCUCCAGCCAACUAUAGUUUCAUUAUAAUCAUCAUGAAAACUCUCCAAUCUAUACAUUUCAUGUAA